AUGGCCCUCAUAUCCGCCAUGACCAUUCUGACCUCUCUGUGUCUCUUUCACGUCACGCUGGCCUUCUUCUUCUUCACAAACCCCGACGCCAUAGCCUCGCAGGCCCUGGUGUGGUUCUUGGGCGAGGCCACGGGCAUGCCGCAAACACAGUACUUCGCGACCCCGUCCCCCGCGUCCUCCUUCCUCGCCGUCGUCCUGCUCGUCGUCGGCCUCUCCGACCUCAUCACGUUGUCGAUGCCCGAGGAGAUCUGGCUGGUCCACUACUGGGGGAGCCAAGCGCCCGCCCGCGUCACCGUCUUCGGGCUCCUUGCCGUCUUCAGCUGGGUGUCGACGCCCGCAUCUACGGCGCGCGCGUCCAUGUCGCGGCCCCACGUGCCGUUCCUGGGUAGCCUGUACGGCACGGCGAGCGGCGGCGACGGCCUGCGCAAUCGCGUCUUCUUCGCCUUUGCAUUCCUCGAGGCGCUGAGCUGGCUCUGGGUCUGGGUCACGCUGAAGGAGGAGACGCGCGCAUUCGCCACCAGGAAGAGACGGCGUGCCAGCAGCAGUGGCAGGGAGAGGCUUUGA